AGCCCCUUACAUUUCAUUGGUGGGUCAGGACUAUACAAAUUUUGUGGGGGGGCUGAAACCCUCACAGUCUUGAGAAUCUUCUUGUGACCAGAACCUCGAUAUGGCUAGCUGUUCAGGAUGUGGACCAGGCUACAGGAGCCCACUGGACGCCAUGAAGGGUCCUCGUGAGGAGAUAGUGUAUCUGCCGUGCAUUUACCGCAACACAUCCAUCCGCAAAGCCGACUAUCUCGCCACUGUCGACGUUGACCCCAAAUCUAUGUCAUACUGUCAGGUGGUCCAUCGCUUGCCAAUGCCCAACAUUCACGAUGAACUACACCACAGUGGCUGGAACGCCUGCAGCAGCUGCUUUGGCGAUACCUCCAAGAAACGAAACCGUCUCAUCUUGCCUUCGCUCAUUUCCUCACGAAUCUACGUGGUUGAUGUUGGCACGGAUCCACGGGAGCCACGAAUCCACAAGUCAGUGGAGCCUGUAGAUCUGUAUUGGAAGUGUGGCCUGGCUAACCCCCACACCACCCACUGUCUGGGAAGCGGUCAGAUCCUGAUCAGUUGCAUGGGGGACCCAUCCGGUGGAGGCAAAGGUGGUUUUGUCCUUUUGGAUGGUGAGACGUUUGAGGUGAUGGGGAACUGGGAACAACCCGGUGAAGCGGCUCCUUUUGGUUAUGACUUCUGGUAUCAGCCUCGCCACAAUGUGAUGAUAAGCACCGAGUGGGGGGCACCCAAAGCUCUUGCAGACGGUUUUAAUCCUGCGCAUGUUGCAGAGGGCCUGUAUGGUUCUUCCCUUCACAUUUGGGACUGGACCACCCACAGGAGGAUUCAGUCACUGGAUCUGGGAGAAGAAGGUGCCAUUCCUCUUGAGAUCCGAUUCCUCCAUGACCCUGAUGCCACUGAAGGCUUUGUGGGAUGUGCUCUGAGGGGGAAUGUGUUUCGAUUCUACAAAGCACCGACAGGAAAGUGGGCCGCAGAGAAGGUCAUCAGUGUUCCCAGUAAGAAAGUUGAAGGAUGGAUGCUACCUGAGAUGCCAGGCCUAAUCACUGACAUCCUGAUCUCGUUGGACGAUCGUUUUCUGUACUUCAGUAACUGGCUGCAUGGGGACAUCAGACAGUAUGACAUCAGCGACACAAGGAAGCCUCGACUGGUUGGACAGGUGUUUCUGGGGGGCAGUAUCACCACUGACGGACCAGUUCAGGUGUUGGAGGAUCCGGAAAGUCAGCCGCAGCCCCGUCCUCGUUUUAUCCAGGGAAGGCGUGUUCCCGGUGGUCCUCAGAUGUUACAAUUAAGUUUGGAUGGUCGGAGACUUUAUGUAACGACGUCACUGUACAGUGGUUGGGACAAACAGUUCUACCCUGAAAUGAUCCGCGAGGGGUCAGUGAUGAUGCAGAUUGAUGUGGACUCCGUGAAGGGGGGUCUCACCGUCAAUGAGAACUUCCUGGUGGACUUCGGCAAAGAACCCGGCGGCCCAGCGCUGGCUCAUGAGCUGAGGUACCCCGGGGGAGACUGCACAUCCGACAUCUGGCUGUGACCCUGAAAUAUUCCACGCCACUUUUGUGUCAUUCACGUGAUGACAAAUGAAUAACAUGUUAUUCAAAUAUUUACUAUAUUUCAUUCAUCAUCACCACAAGGAGUUUGUUCAAAUGAAAAACAGAACUGAAGGGACGCUAGCAACUUAAAAAUGUAUUCUAACCAUAGUAACAAUUGUAAAGCUGGGGUCCAAUCAAAAUGUUUUCUGCUAAUGCAUAUAAUAAAUAUUGAAUUUUCAA